AUGCCGUCCCGCAAGCGCGUGCAGAUGCCUUCGGACUCCGAGGAAAGCGAUGGGUCCAACCAUCCAGCCAUAAGUUCUUCUAGAAAACGACAGCGGACAAAUUCAGAGAGUACAGCGGAAUCCGGAUCUCCAACCUCUUCCGGAGAUGUAACCAACGCCGCGGAUUCACUUCUAGCCGUCAACGACGAUGCGCUUCUGGACGAUGAGGACGAACUAGAGCUCCGUCAGACCCAGAUCAUACAAGAAAAAUACUCACAUCUAAUCGACGAAGCCAACGUGCCCGCCGAACAUGGAAUCCUCGAACGUGUUGAGUGCUACAAUUUCAUGUGCCAUGACCACUUUUACGUGGAACUGGGGCCGCUGAUCAACUUUAUUGUUGGAAAGAACGGUAGCGGCAAGAGCGCGAUUUUGACAGCAAUCACUCUUUGUCUAGGUGGCAAAGCGUCUGCGACAAACCGUGGGCAAAGCCUGAAGAAUUUUAUCAAAGAGGGCAAAGAAAAUAGCACGAUCAUUGUUCGCAUCAAGAAUCAAGGCGACGGUGCCUACAUGCCGGACGAUUAUGGGAAAACCAUUAUUGUCGAGCGUCAUUUCUCUAGAAGCGGCACCAGCGGGUUCAAGAUCAAGUCAGAGAAUGGGCGCAUCGUCUCGACUAAAAAGGGCGAGCUGGAUGCUAUUACGGACUAUUUCUCUCUGCAGAUCGAAAACCCUAUGAACGUACUAUCUCAAGAUAUGGCCCGUCAGUUCUUGAGUACAUCAAGCCCAGCUGAGAAAUACAAAUUCUUUGUCAAAGGUGUUCAGUUAGAGCAGCUCGAUAAUGACUACCGGCUGGUGGAGGAAUCACUUGACUCAAUCGAAGAGAAGCUCAGAACAUCAUCCCAAGACGUACAGGUCCUCCAAAACCGCAAGGAAUUGGCCAAGAAAAAACUAGAAAUUUCUGACCAACAUGAUUCUCUGCGAAAGCGUAUCAGAAAUAUCCGAAGCCAAAUGGCUUGGGCUCAAGUUGAAGAGCAAGAAAGAAUGGAAAUCUCACUCACCCAACAAAUCGCCGAGGCAAAUCGGAAAAUUGCUGAGGCCGAGUCUCACCUCACUCGGUUUGAUGCUGCCUUCGAUGGAGUCGCCGCCGAGGAAACUGCCGCGGGUGAACAUUCCUGGCGAGCGGCUGUGGCAGUGAAUGAGGCUCAAGACGAAAGGGACAAAAUAAAAGAAAGAUUGGACGCUGAGAUGGCCGGACGCCAUGACCUACAGGCGGAACAACGCCAGAUUAGGGAAUAUCUCAAAGCGGCUGAGUCGAGAAUCCAGGAAACUCAGCAAAAAGUCGACGAUGAGAAUCAGCGUCUCGCCGAUGUGAGCGACGGCGGCUACGCUCGGAGGCAAGACGAGUGUGAACAAGCCGCCAAUGACGCUUCUGCUGCCCAAAAGGAAUACGAAGAGCAUCGCCAAGGUGCCGCUCGCCUACGGGAAGAGAGUGAAACCGCCCAGACAGAGCUCACAGAAGCAAAAGGUCCGCUUGAACAGAAAAAACGCGAGAUUUCUCAAGCGGAGGACCAACUUCGGAAUCUCACUAAAGAGGGAGGAUCGAGGCAGUCCGGCUUUCAUGUCAAAAUGCCUGCACUCCUCAAAGCCAUUGAACGGGAACAAUCAUGGGAAUCACGCCCUGUCGGCCCAAUUGGUCACCAUGUCACUCUACUAGAACCGAAGUGGUCAUCUAUUUUGGAAAGAGUCUUUGGUGGCACGCUUUCCAGUUUUAUUGUUUCGUCCAAAAAUGACAUGAAGCUUCUUUUUGAUAUCAUGCGGCGGGUCCAGUGCAACUGUCCGAUCUUCAUUGGCUCUGGUGGCCGUUUGGAUACUUCGGCACACGAACCAGACUCCCAACACACCACUGUCUUACGAACACUUCAGGUAGCCACCCCUCAUCCUUUCCACCAUCUAUAUAAUGUGCUGACCUUUCAGAUUGACAACGAAUUAGUGCGGCGGCAACUGAUCAUCAACCACGGAAUUGAGCAAAUGCUCUUGAUUGAGGAUGUAAAUGAAGCCUCCGCUGUACUAUUCGAUGGUGCACGACCAAGGAAUGUUAAGCGAUGUUACUCUAUUGAUUCAAAAGAUCGACGUCGAGGACUUCACCUCUCAUACAGCCGAGCCGGAGAACCGAGUCAAGCUCCAGUUAUGGGGUGGACGGAUGGCCCGCGCAUGAAAUCCGACGUAGCCUUGCAAAUCAACGCACAACGUGACAUUAUUGCCGACCUCCAGCGCCAGCAGAAUGACAUCGAGCAGUCAUUGGUAACUGCCCGGUCACGCGUUGAGGCCUGCAAACAGGCGCUCGUCCGACACGGAAGAACCGAGAAAGAUCUGCAAAUUCGAAUGCAACGAAUGGAAGAUCAUGCCGAGGGUCUCAGAGACGCCUUGGACAAAGAGAACGCCGAGGAUGGACGCAUCGAUGCCCUACAUGCAGCUCUAAAGGAAGCCGAAGAUGAGAAGCAGCUCAAUGAGGGAUCGUACAAGGAUAGCGAGGCAGCCAUGAAAGCCAUGUUGCAAACUCUCAAGGAAAUUCGGCGAGAACUGUCUGCCAAAGACGCUGACCUUGCCACUCUGCGGGAAAAACUACACGUUGCUGAAAGCGAGCAAAAUCUUGUGAAAGCGAAACAAGCCAAAAUCAUCGACGAGAAGAACGAAGCUGUUGGUCUUAUUAAUCAGGAUAAAGAGACCAAGACUGCAAUUGAGGCAAGAAGAGAAGUGGUCAAGGCACGAGUCAUUGAAUACAAUGAAAAGGCCGGCUUGGUUUCUUCUAGAGUUCCUGUGGACGAAGGAGAAACACCCGGCAGCCUCGACAGAAAGCUCGAUAAACUAAGCCGCGAUCUCGAUCGCUACAAUCUGGAGCUGGGAAGUUCUCGAGAAGAAAUUGCUGCUGAGGCAACGAAGACCGCAGCAACAUACGACCGAGCGUUGCAGCAACUUGAACAAUUUUCGGCCUUGAGUCAAGCUCUGAAAGACACACUCCAAAACCGCAAGAAGAGAUGGGAAAUUUUCAGAUCCCACAUCUCGUCACGAGCGAAAGCUCAGUUCACUUAUCUCUUGAGUGAGAGAAGUUUCCGUGGUCGCCUUCUGGCUGACCAUACCAACAAACUUCUAGAUCUACAAGUUGAACCUGAUAUUACUAAAGAUGAUAGCACUGGGAGAGGUGCAAAGACACUGUCCGGUGGAGAGAAGUCGUUUUCACAAGUUUGUCUGCUCUUGUCUCUCUGGGAAGCCAUGGGAUCCCCAAUCCGUUGUCUUGACGAAUUUGAUGUGUAUAUGGAUCAUAUCAACCGAAAGAUGGCCAUUGAUAUGCUUAUGGUUGCCGCUAGACGAUCUAUCGGGCGACAAUUCAUUCUGAUCACACCCGGUAGCAAAACCGAUAUCACUAUCUCUGCAGAUGUUCGAGUGAAGGAGUUGGCAGAGCCAGAACGUGGGCAAACAACACUAACCUUCCGGCGCUAA